AUGGACUGUGGUAGUCAGCCGGAUAUCACCAGUACCCGACAGCCCCAAGCCUUCUCCAGUCUGAGCCGUCUCUUCAGCCAGCCUAGUACUCUAGAGAGAGUUGCUCAAGAUAGUCAAGGGUACACCGGUAUCAGCAGAUUAGAAGAAUUCGCAGCAUUCUCUGAUCCCAUCCUUGUCCUGAGUAAUUUGAUGGACACGUUGCGAGAACAUCGCAUUCCCGGACCACGGUUGCUGCGGUUGAAGAGAGAAUUCAAUGUUCCAUUAGGACAUGGUGCACAGUCGGAAAUCUUCGGGUUUGACUGUUCCGUUUUAACAGUCUCCGGGCUGGAUGCUUGGGAUGGACGGCUUCCUACAGUAAUCCGCAAGCUAAAUACUAUCGCCGUAAAGCGCUCGCGAGUUGUAGUAUCAGGGAAGAAAGGGAUCACUAACAACACUUCGACGAGUUCGGAAGAGUUCGUUUUUCAAUGCGCCGCGGCCCAUCGAGAAAUCGACGUCUUGUGUCAUCAACCCCUCCGCAAGCACCCAAAUAUAGUUCGCUUGGUCGCCUGGGGUUUGUGUCUGGAUAGCCUUGAAGAUAGUGAUGAUGAAGUCCCCCGAGUUCCUCUACUCAUUCUCGAAAGAGCUUCCUGUAGUUUGGCAGCCUUUCUCGGGAAUAAGUUCAUGUACAGACGCUACUUCGACUUUUAUGAUGUCUGUGAACUCUUGCUAGAUAUUGGACAUGGUCUGGAAGCAAUUCAUCAACAUGGAUUUGCUCAUGGAGAUCUAAAACCGGACAAUAUUCUUCUAUUCGAGAAGUACGGUGAAUGGUCUGCCAAACUAUGUGACUUUGGCCUCUCCACUAGCGAUGCAUCUUACUCCAAUGGAAAAAUGGAGUAUCGAGGCACACCUGGGUGGCGCGCACCAGAAUUCCACCGUCAGAGCUGGGCACCGCUGGAUUUACGUGGCCACCAACGAUGUGAUGUUUUUGCAUUUGGACUUGUGGUGUGGAGUACAUUCACACAUGGGCGCGCACCUCUUCAACCGCACAUGGAGAGUAUUGGAGACGCACUUCAGCAAGCGACAAUAGAUCUCACGGCCCACCGUGGACUUUCAAUUCAACAAUGUGAUAGAAUUGUUGUUACGCUCCAAAGUGCCCUAAUGAAAGAUCCGGAAGCACGACAGAACCGCCCCUGGAGGUACUUGGAUGCAAUAGCCUACAAGCGAGUUGGAAAACAGGUCAGAUUAUGGCGAUCACUUGUCAAGAAGACUCGAAAAAUGCGUUAUGCUGUGCGGGAUUACCAAAUUCCGUCCAUAAAUCUGCUUCGCUCGUCUUUGAAGCCGCUGAACUGGCAGCAAUACGGUAUCUUCUGGGGCAGUCUAUGGAAAGGCAAAGAGAUCGAAGAGGACAGACUUCUCCCGCCAGAAAUUAAUUCUCAGUUAAGCACAUUGUUUGAAAGGUUAGGGUUGUCAUUUAUGGACAGCACCGACCCGGAAGCUGUUUCUCAGAUGAAGCACAGCCGUCAGCCGUGUAUGAGUUUAUCCAAGCUAUGUAUGAUCUAUGAUGGCCUUCUUGAGUGUAUUCAAACGCGAGACGAGGUGCGGCUAUACGCCUUCGCAAGGCUUCGGAGUCGCCUUCCCGUGUGCUGUUGGCGACAACUAGUGAUGCCAGUCAAUGUCAUCGAUCGCUACAUUCAGGGUCCUCAUCAAUUUGUCACCCUUGCUUGGCUAUGCCGCGGGGAAGUCGGGGCUUGUGAGCUCAAUGAUCCAGAAUACACAGAGAGUAUAAUUCGCUGUGUUCUACAACCACCGCAGAACUUCAGUUAUUUUGCUGUUCGUCGUGAUCAACUAUCAACACAGCAGCGUUCAAACCAUUUCAUGGUUCUUCUAGAGCACGGCAUCAGAAUUGAACAUGUCGGAAAGCCGGAUGGAUUGACAGCUUUCCUCCGAUAUCUACAACUCUCAAAUCAGUUCUCGCGGAGUGGCUAUGGCAACCUAUCCGUCAUUGACAUUUGCAUCAACUUCAAACGUAUAGCACAAAAGCAAUGCAUCCAGGCCAGUACGAGAUUCUACAUGACAGGAGCAUUGCCUGAUAGGGAAGAAAGCACGACUGGAUACUCCAAUACGGCACUUCAUGAUAGUGUAAUUGCAGGCAACUAUUUAGCUGUGGAAACUCUGGUUCGAUCUGGUUUCGUCGUCAAUGCAUUGAAUGGCGAGAGCAAAACUGCGCUGUAUCUCGCGCUUCAGCAGCAAAAGAACCAGCAAGAGCAAAAGAUGUUGAGUCGGACUUCUGAGCAGCCAGAUUCCACAGCUCUGUUUCGGAUAAUUGCCCUACUGCGCCAGAAUAGCGGCUAUGAGAUUGAAAUGACGACCCUUGCCUGGAAAGGCAAAGAUAUGCCCUUGGGGUGGCAAAGGCUGCCUUUAGUGCCCUUAGUGCCUAACAGCUCAGUCGGGUCAAUCGAUGUUUAUCACGACAUCUUGUCUGAAUCAUUCACUUUCCAUCUUCCAAAGUUCUCCAUAUUUGAGGAUCGACGCUUGGCACUCGGUAUGCGACGUUUCUCAACUUAUGGACAAACAUACUACCUGGAUCUCUUUCGCUUCAUCUCUCCAUCUCACGCCGAGCUUGUGACCGAGAAUUUGAUUUCGGAAAUAGAGAUCUAUGAUGAUGUAUGGUUCCAAAGUGAGCCAUCUUUAGCCGGCGUGGCCUUUUCGUUAGAGCCAAGGACAUCAUUGACGAAAAGGAAUCUCGCAUCCGUGAGGCGAAAACGCCAACAGAUCCAUAGAAGAAAAUUCUCUCUGCGGUGGAUUAUUGAUUAUUUGAAGCUUUCAUAG